AUGUCAAUGGUUGUAGCCGCCUCCAACUCGAAGAAAUCACGGCCAUCAUCAUCAUCAUCGUUUUCUUCGUUGCCAGAUGACGUUGCAUUGAAGUGCUUAUUCCGCGUUCCGAGAUGCUACGACCUAAACCUCUCUUUGGUCUCCAAAACCCUAAGCAUACUGAGACGGCCCACUAGCUACUGGAUCACUUUCUGUCCGGGUGAGAAGACCACUGACUAUCAGUUGGAGAAGAAACCUCUGUCGUUGGCGGAUGUCCCGAGGCCUUGUCUUGGUUAUGCAGUCUCUGUGGGAUCAGAGAUCUAUUUCAUUGGUGGAAGAAGCUUCCCCUCCACGGAGCUUUGGAUCCUUGAUACUCGAUCUGAUCGUUUACGUACGGCUCCAAGCAUGAAAGUGGGUCGGUCCGCGGAGUAUAAAGUAGCAGUGGGAGUGGUCGAGGGGGAGAUAUACGACGUAAUUGGAGGAACUGAUGAAGAUAGCCAGGUGGAAGUGUUUGAUCCAGAGACGCAAACGUGGGAGUUUGCAGACGAUGAGAAAGUGAAAUGUGAAUGGGAGUUUAGCGUGUCUAUGAAGCAAAAGGUUUAUAUGGUGGGCCUGGGUGGGAGAGUCAGCACGUAUAGUCCGAGAGAAGGUAUAAACAGUGAAACGACGGAGGUGCUAGGUUAUGUGAACUUCUUGUGUGUGCUCAAGGUUUGGACCAGAGUGGUUGAUCGUGAUGGAAAUGAUGGGAAGUUAGAACUUUAUUCAUCUACUGCUGAAAAAAUGGAGGAAUACGAGGGAAUGAUUGCGUUUUUUUGGCCACUACCUAAUAUUGAUCGAACGAAGAAUGAUCUUAUCUGUAAACUGAUCGCAUUGGAUAGGCUAGGAGAAAAUAUUCGUGGGAGGAUUGAGUGGUCUGGUAUUGCGGCCACAUUGCCGCAUAACAUUCUUUUGAAGGAUUGUUUAGUUGUUGCCGGUUGA